AUGACAGAGAACAAAAGUCAACUGGUAGUGGUGGUCUAUGUAGAUGAUAUCAUCUUUGAAGAGCAAAAUGAUGAGAUGUGUAGACAGUUUGCAGAGCGGAUGAUGGCAGAGUUUGAGAUGUCUAUGUUGGGGGAGCUAUCAUACUUUUUAGGUUUGGAAGUGAAUCAACAACAGAAUGGUAUCUUCAUAUCUCAAGCAAAGUACAUCAAGGAGAUGUUGAAGAAAUUUAUGAUGGAGGAUAGCAAACCAGUAAGCACUCCCAUGGUAGUAGGUUGCAAGUUGAGCUCGAGGGACGAGUCAAGUUCUGUAGAUCAGACUCUCUACAGGUCAAUGAUUGGAAGCUUGUUAUACUUGACCGCAUCAAGACCUGAUAUCCUGCAAGCAGUGUGUUUGGUUGCUUGA